GUUACGUCGGACCCAAGUGAGACUAGCUGCUGCCAUUUGGGAUCCUAAUAAAUGAACAAAACACACUUUAUUAAAUGUUUUUGUCCUCGACGCUCUGAUUAGACGUUAUCUUUUCAGUAGAGGAAGGGUUAAAAUCCUUGCGUUAGGACUGGAUGAUAGUAAACCUCCGACAGAGGACAGCAGUGGUAGCUCGACAGCGGUACUAUAUUCCAUAUCCUCGAAGUGUAGGUAGCCUACGUUACGAACUGACAGCUGUGAGCUCCCAUCCACGCUCCGGAAUAAUAUGACAUUUGGAUAAUUCUCCUUCAACAUUAGCUACGUUGGUACACUGUUGAAAGGAAGGAGUGAUGGAGUCUUUCCCAGGAGAUGGGGAGGGCAGCCUUGAUGACCUUACAGGAGGAAAGAGGAAGUCUAAACUGAAGACCCUGAAGAUGCGUCUGUUUGGGAGGACCAAGCGAGAGACCAAAUUCAGCCAGUCUGCUAGUGAUGUCACUGAGGCGGAGGCGCUAGGCUCAGCGGAGAAUCUGUGUUCAGUCGUUUUGGGAUCACGAGCUUUGUCACAUGACAGUAUCUUCCUGCCCAACCAGGAUCUGUCUAGUCCGGAGCAGCCCAGAGUUCUAUCCCAGGAGAACGUCCAAGGCAGGAUCAAAGAACUGCAGAUGAAGCUGCUGCAGCAGAACAUGCAUCUAGGCCCACCCCCACUGGUUCUGCCAAUUAAACAUCCCGAGGACCUGGGGGGCAGCUCAGAGGACGAUGGUCUGCCCCACAGCCCCCCCGAAAUCUCCAUAGGCAACAACAGAGCCCCCAGGGGGUUAUCUUACAAGUUCCCUGCCCCUCCCAGGCACCAUAGCUCUCUGAGUUUAGCAGGAACAGGAAGUGAGAAGGAAGUGCAGGCCUCCUCCCAACCCUUGUCCCGUCCCCUCUCCCCCGUGCCCAAACCUCUUACCAACUCCGUGCCCCCCACCCCAUCUGCCCCCCACUCUGUCUUCUCCCCUGCCUUGGACUUCAGCACCCCAGCCCAGUUCACCCCCUGCCUGGAUAACUCUGCCGCCCGCCACCGCAUGUCCAUCAAACCCAGGAACCAGAGAGCCAGCGCCAAGAACAAAAGGCUGAACAUGACUGAGUCGAGACCACGCUCAGAGAGUCUCAACAACUUUAACCAACCCUUGAUAGAAGAAGAGGAAGGGCCUGCCAUUACCGGGGGGGAGAACACGUUUACGCUGUCACUCUACCCUGAUCCUAAAGGUGCAACAAGGGGGGUCGACCACCCCCACUGCACCCCCAGAGUUGACACCCCUAAAGUCGAGUUCCACAGAGGUUGAGGGGUCCCCCAAAAAAACCCACCCUCCCCUGCAAGCCCUCCCC